CCUGUGUUCAACAUGGAGAACAAGCGUGUGGAGGUUCCCGAGGGGGUCCUGGACGACCUGUGCAGCCGAUUUAUUUUACACAUUCCCAGUGAAGAGAGAGACAAUGCAAUCAGAGUGUGCUUUCAAAUCGAACUGGCCCAUUGGUUUUACUUGGACUUCUGCAUGCAAAAUUUUCCAGGCUUGCCUCAGUGUGGGAUAAGAGACUUUGCUAAAGCAGUAUUUCAGCAUUGCCCAUUUUUACUUCCAAACGGUGAAGAUGUUCAGAGGGUCUUAGAUGAAUGGAAGGAGUACAAAAUGGGAGUGCCUACCUAUGGUGCCAUUAUUCUUGAUGAGACCCUUGAAAAU